UUAUUAUUAUUCCCGCCUCCAAAAAAUUAUCAGAGAUGAAAUCAGUUACUGUGGCGUUAUCCACGAGAAUUUGCCAAGGGUAUGUUUCUCCUCUUCGCAGUAACCUGAAAUCUACUUUGAAAUAUACAUCGGCUUUUAUGAGACACUAACCAAUUUUAAAGUAGAUUUCUAAUAAGUGCGGAGAAGAGAAACAUAGCUGUGACAAAUUCUCAUAAUGACGCUUCGGUAUUUCAUUUUAUCUCUAAUAAUUUUUCAGACGCGGGAAUAUACUAUUGGGAAGAGGUUAUCUUCAGGUAGAAUACGAUCGUCCUUGGUAGAUUUUCGAUUAUUAUUCGAGAUGAGGAAAUUUCCGAGCACCCCCGGUAUUCACAGACCAGUUCAAAGUUCAAACACCUCCAACCACGCAGACUCGGGUCCUUUAUUUGCAAAUCCUAUUUAUAAAAACGGAGCCUCGAUUCUUUUCUCUCGAAAAUAUUUGUUUCAUAAGUUAUUCUCGAUUGUUGAAAUCUGUCAUUAAUAUUUGAGCGUGCUUGUAUUUUGUUCGGGCUAGUGCAUCGGAAACACUCGGAGAAUUGGAUCAAUACCUGGGGUAGGUCAUUUAGUAGCACGUGUAUUGUGUUGUUAUACUAUCAUGGAACGUAGACCCGGACCGGUAUUUCAUACUUUGAUGAUAAACCAUGUAUAAUAAAACUAGUGUGUCUAAUCCGGUUUCAGCGAAACACACUUCAAGUCUCUGUAAAGCUGGUAGGAAUGGCAGCCGCAUAUAGAACAUGAGCAGGUGCCUAACGUUAUCUGUAAUUCUGUCAAAAAUCGUUUAGGGCUGUAGGCUGCACUUUAGGACACUGUUAGAGACAAAUUGUCAGUAUAAUGCAAUUGAUAUUUUCUAUACGAGUCUUGGGGUAUAUGCAUAUAACUAUUCAUGUUAUGAACAAUCUGCUUUCGUGGUCCCACUCGUUUUGUUAUUCGUGGACUGUGCAUACAUAUUUUGUUGAUUGGUCUAUAUCAGUCUCAAAGCAGGCGAUAACGCCACCUUCUCGGUACUAGGGUCCUAUGGGGCGCGGCUUAGAGGAAAUUGGACGGGGAGAGGGGGUGGCGAUGCAAUGGACAAUUAAUUUGAGUUUAAGAUUCAUAUGACCCACUAGAUAUAUGUAAAUUAAAGUAAAUAGGCGCUAGCAAAUAAUAUGAUUCACAAAUGAGGUAGAUGAAAUAAGUUUGAGAACGUCUGGUCUAUAUGACAUCUUGAGGCCCGAGUGGAAGUAACAUUUAUACAGGGUGUUUCCGAAACAUGAGUGAAAGAUUCAAGGGCUGAUACUUUGGGCAAGCAACGUGUCCCUAAAGAACGCCACUUGAAAAGGGUUUUUCUUUGAUAACUCUUGAACUUUUGACACUAUAGUAACUUUCUAAGAUUCCGGUACCGCUCGGAUUCUGAUGAAAUUUUCCCUAUGCCCAGGACGAAAAAUUUUCGCGAAAAGAAUGAAAAUCGAUCGAACUUCAUUUUUUGAAGAUUGAGAAAAAUGUUUGUAGGGGUUAAAAAUUGAGAUCUGUAAGGGAUGGAGAAGACCAUGCUUCAAUUUUUUGUAUCAGGAUAUACCUGUGCCGCGGUCUUUAAGGGACGGGUUGCCAGAUGAUGGUCGGUACUGUCGGUAGGGCUGGGGAGACAUCACAUAACAUAGGUACAGUUAUCGGCGAUUAAAAAUUGAAGAGCAGGGGGGGGUGGUGGCGUGACGGAAACAAUUAAUUUCUUGACAAAAAUGGCAGAUUUGAGCGUCUCCUUCUCGCCCACUCAAAAUCCACCCAUAUUUUGAAAACACCCUUUAUGUUUUUUUAAAUCCCUACUAUGCAUUGUGGCGCCACUGGACUCUCUCAACACCGAUUCCUCUCAUGCCUAUGACUAAUCCACAUACAAUCUCCUUAUCAGCUAGCAGCUAGCCGGGAGGAGAGAUAGUAGCAAAGCUCUCAACCGAUCACUGCCAUUGCGUCUGCUUUUGCUGCCUAGUGUGAUCAGUUCAUCGUUGACAGUCAACUCGCACACAAAGCCGCGGUCUUAUAGCUCGUCACUCUUUCUCGAUCUAGCAGACCUCAAUUCCUUAACUAGCUCAGCUUUUUAACAUGCCGGACAAAUCUUAAUGUCUGUACACACGGUGGAAACAUGACUGGAAGCUGCAAGCACUGGACGUGAGGCCUGAAGAAAGGAUAGCCGGUGAACCAUAUUAAUGUUGAAUAAAAGAUGGAUUUCAGUAAAAAGUACGAGAACCCAUCUCCUGAAGAUGAGUCGAAUAUAAUCUCCAGAUUAUUCUACUGCUGGGUGUUGCCAUUUUUCAGACAUGGGUACCGCACUCAUCUCCGUAUUAAAGACAUAUACAAUACGACCAACGAUGAUAUGUCAGAAACGUUAGCUGAUAGAUUAGAAAGAAAUUGGAACAAUGAACUGAGAAACAAAGACUGUAAAACAAAGCCGAGCUUAAAUAGAGCCAUCUUCAAAACUUUUUAUAAGAGAUAUAUUUUCAUAGGAAUUUUGCAAUUUUUUCAUUGCAUGUGUAUAAGAAUGUUACAGCCAAUCCUUUUAGCUGAAUAUAUUCGAUAUUAUGAGGCAGGUAAAGAUAAAGAGGAUUCCCAGUUAGGUUGGAUCCUAAGCAGUCUUAUCGUCGUCACUGCCUUUCUCAAUAUACUCAUAGCUCAUUUUAAUACUUUGAGCUGCUACAGGAUAGGAAUGAGAGUCAGAGUUGCGUGUUGUUCCCUUAUUUAUAGAAAACUCCUAAAAUUAAGUCAAGCAUCUCUAACCCAAACAACUGCAGGGCAGUUAGUCAAUCUGCUAUCAAACGAUGUACAAAGGUUCGAUAAUGCCUCGAUCUAUUUGCACUAUAUCUGGAUUAUGCCCUUCCAUUUUGUUCUUGCAUUUUACAUUUUGUUUCAAAGUGUAGGUUUGGCAGCUAUAGCUGGAAUGACAAUGAUCGGCUUGCAAGCCAUACCACUGCAAGGUUUUUUAUCUAGACUGCAAGGAAAAUUGAGGUACAAAAUAGCGCUAAGAACAGACCACAGGAUAAAACUGAUGAGUGAAAUCAUAUCUGGCAUUCAAGUUAUCAAGCUGUAUGCCUGGGAAUUGCCUUUCCAAAAAGUAGUCGAAUUAGCUAGAAAAUUAGAAUUAGAUGUCAUAACGAAAACUUCUUACAUAAAAGGCAUGUCUACAGGCAUGAUGGUGUUCACAGAACGACUUAUCCUCUACGUAACAUUAGUAACACAUGUAUUUCUGGGCAAUCAUUUAACUGGCGACAUUGUUUUUUCACUUGCUCAAAUCUUCAACAUCGUGCAGCAUUAUGUGGCUUUUAGUUUUCCCAAUGCUAUUGCCACAUAUUCUGAGGCUAGAGUUUCAGUUCAAAGGAUAGAGAAGUUUUUACUAUUAGAAGAGACGACUGAGAAUGAGGUACAGUUAGAUGAGAUUUGGAAACCCAAUGGUCUAGAAAAUAAGACCAAAACUGGCAAUUUGAAAACUGAUAAGAGCAGAAAUGAUGUAAUAAAGCAGGACGACCUGAAUAAUGAAGAGAUUGCUAAAUCCAAUGCCGUGGAUAACAACACAAAAGAAGCUCCUACAGACAGCAACAAUAUAACUGCAAAAGACUCUCAAACAGAAGUCAAGAACAAUCAAAAUCAACAAAACAGCACUGCUAUUAUACAGCUAGACGACUGCAAUGCCUCAUGGGUUGGCCAAGAUACUCUAGCUUUGGAAAAUCUAAAUUUGAUCGUUAAACCAGGCAGUUUAUGUUGCGUGGUAGGUAAUGUAGGUGCAGGGAAAAGUUCGCUAUUGCAUUUGCUGCUCAAGGAAAUGCCAGUAGCCAGUGGAAACGCUGAGAUCAAAGGAAAUGUGUCGUAUGCUAGCCAAGAACCGUGGUUGUUCAACUCCACUAUUAGGGAUAAUAUCCUUUUCGGGAAACCGUACUCACAAGAUAGAUACGAUAUCGUAGUCCGAGUAUGCGCCCUAGAAGCAGAUCUGGACCAACUGCCUUCCGGCGACAAGACUCUAGUUGGAGAGAGGGGCGCCAUUUUGAGUGGUGGUCAAAGAGCUAGAGUAAAUUUGGCACGAGCUGUUUACGCCGAAGACGACAUCUAUCUACUUGACGACCCUUUAUCUGCGGUCGACACACAUGUGGGGAAACACUUGUUCCAAGAAUGUAUCAAGAAGUUCUUGAAAGACAAAACUCGAAUUUUAGUUACACACCAGCUGCAGUUCCUUAAAGAAGCUGAUCAAAUUGUUCUUAUGAAAGAAGGUAAGAUAAUGGAAGUGGGAAAGUUCGAUACAAUAGAAAAUCUUCUGUGUUUCGCUGAAAAUAAUGAGACUGAUACAGAUUCUAAUAUUACCAAGAAAGAAAAACCGGACCAAGAAUUGGAGAGGUCUGUACACCUUGACUCUUAUGUUGGUCCUAAUGCUGAUAAAGAUGCCGAAGAAGAAGAUGAAUUAAUAGAAAAAGGUGCCAUCCCUACUUCUACAUAUUUAGAAUACUGUAGAGCUGGUACAGGUGUGGCAGUUCUGAUAUUGCUUAUAAUUCUACUGAUGAUGGCACAGAUGGCAUCAAAUGCUUGUGAUCUCUGGCUGAGACAUUGGACAAACAAUGAAGAGAUACGUGCUCUCCACGCUCAUCGUCAAUAUCUCAACAACAACACACUUACUUUUGAGGACAACACUACUCUUGCUUACAUCGUCACUGAUAAUGAGACCGAGCCUCUGUCUUAUGACGAUGACCCAGUUGUCAUAUAUCUGGAAAUUGACGAAAAAACGAGAAACAUGUACAUUAUAGUCUACACCUUUUGUAUUCUGCUGUCUAUCAUUCUAACUUCAGUGAGGUCUCUCCUGUAUUACAAAGUGUGCAUGAAUACAAGCAAGGCACUUCACAACAAUAUGUUUGCGUGUAUUCUGCAGGCACCGAUGAGGUUUUUCGACACCAAUCCAUCAGGUAGAAUUUUAAACAGGUUCUCCAAGGACAUGGGAGCAAUAGACGAACUGUUACCAACAGCUGCUUUAGACGCAAUACAAAUAUGUCUAGUGCUCUUUGGAAUCCUUACAAUGGUGUUCGUAGUGGUGCCCUUAAUGAUCGUACCGGCCCUGGUACUUAGUGUACUGUUCUACUUCUGUAGAAGCAUCUAUCUGGCCAGUGCUCAAGAUAUCAAGAGGCUAGAAGGGAUAACGAAAGCUCCGGUAUUCUCUCAUACGUCUUCUACCCUUUACGGUCUAACAACCAUAAGGUCGUCGAAAGCAGAGAGGAUAAUCACUAAGGAGUUCGAUACACUCCAAGACCAACACACAAGUACUUGGUUUUUGUAUCUAGCUAGCAGUGAGGCGUUUGGAUUCUACCUAGAUAUGAUCAGUACGGUGUUUCUAGCAUUUGUCACAUUCCAGUUCCUUGUGUUUCAAUCAGGCUUUACCUUAAGUGGUAACGUGGGACUGGUGAUCUCGCAGAGUCUCAUCCUAGCCGGCAUGCUGCAGUUCGGUAUAAGGCAAAGUGCAGAAGUGGCUAACAAUAUGGUCAGCGUUGAAAGGGUACUGCAGUACACGAAACUGGACAAAGAAGAUUCCUUCCAGUCUAUUAACAGGACGAAUGUGGACAAAAGCUGGCCACACCAAGGGAAGAUUCUAUUCAAGAAUGUUUACCUUAGAUAUGCUGCCGAUGAGAUGCCGGUAUUGAAGAAUCUCAAUUUGGAGAUCAGGCCCAAGGAGAAGAUUGGUGUGGUAGGUAGAACAGGCGCCGGCAAGUCCUCACUGAUAGCGGCCCUAUUUCGCCUGGCUCCUCUUGAGGGCACUAUCUCCAUAGAUGACGUUGAUACCUCAACAGUUGACCUGAAGCUGCUGCGCACGAAGAUGUCCAUUAUUCCCCAGGAACCUGUGCUCUUUUCGGCUACAGUUAGAUACAACUUGGACCCCUUUGAUGCUUAUGAUGAUGCCACGCUUUGGAAUGCUCUCGAAAACGUGAAACUGAAGAGUUACAUAAAAGACCUGAGCCAGGAGGUGAACGAAGGUGGGUCCAAUUUCAGCGUUGGCCAGAAACAGUUGAUUUGUCUGGCAAGAGCCAUCAUCAGGAAUAACAAGAUAUUGGUGCUGGACGAGGCUACCGCGAACAUUGAUGAAAACACGGACCAGCUAGUCCAGGCAGCAAUCCGAUCAAACUUCUGUGAAUGUACGGUGCUGACAAUAGCACAUCGAUUGAACACGAUCACAGACAGCGACCGGGUGCUGGUGAUGCACGAUGGACAGGCGGUGGAAUUCGGUCCGCCCUCCGAGCUGUUAGCCAAUCAGGAGGGAGUUUUCGCACGUAUGGUCCGAGAGGCGGGGCCUGAGGCGGAGGCGGCCAUAAGACAAGCUGCGCAGGAGGCGGCACUUAAGAGAACGAGACAAAAUCAGGAUGACGCAUGUUGAGAAUGUGUAUGUGUUGUUGGCAGAUUUUUGUACUUAUUGCGUAAUAAAGAUUUUCAGAGA